AUGACUGACCAAGAAAGCAAGCGCAUCAAGCAAUCAGAGCAAUUGAAAGUGUUCCUAAGAUCAGACAAGGCUAAAACUCCUACUAGGGGGUCUCCAUUAUCUGCUGGUUACGACAUUUAUAGUGCUGAGCAGACUAUCAUUCCUGCCAAGGGCCAGGCUGUGGUUUCCACUGAUCUUACAGUUAUCGUCCCAAUUGGAACUUACGGGCGUGUCGCUCCUCGCUCAGGAUUGGCCGUAAAGCAUGGAAUUCAGACCGGUGCUGGUGUCAUUGAUGCUGAUUAUAGAGGUGAGGUUAGAGUGCUUUUGUUCAACCACGGUGAUAAGGAUUUCCAAAUUGAGGCAGGCGAUAGAAUUGCUCAAUUAGUCUUGGAAAAGAUUGUUUUGGCCGACAUUGUUGCUAUUACCAGAGAAGAGUUGGAUGUCACUGAGAGAGGAGAGGGAGGAUUCGGUAGUACGGGUAAGAAUUAG